ACGACGUCGACUGUAGACUGUCGAUGUCCAGUAGUUUGACUUGGCAUGAGCCUGAUGAGGAGGAGAAGCCUGGCAUGUGAGAUUUGGCACACAGGGACAAGCCUCCAUGGUAUUGAGUUUUAUGUAACCCACGAAAUGUUUCAGAGGGUGUAGCUUGCGUCUCGGAGAAGACACAUCAUCAGGAUGUCGCGGGAAGCAAGUGUUGCAUCUGAAAAGCAGUAUCUUGUACGUUUUCCUCAGGACAAAGCUGAUACUGUCCGACAAGCUAUCGUAUCCGGACAGUCGCUCGAUGAGCGCCUACAAAUCGAAUGCCUGAGUGGAUCUCGUGGAGGGCUGGUCCGCCACGCCAAAGUCAUGUUUGAUGGAAAGUUGAUGCAUGGGAAGAUGAUGGACUUGCCUUGCAUUGUCGAGUCGCAUAAAACACUAGACGGCAAGAUACUUUACAAGACUGGUGAUGUGUCUCAGAUGCUAGUUUGCACUGACAUCACUGAGGAGGAUAUGGGCAAAGUGGAAGCGGAGCUGGACGGUUCUUCGCUGCAGCGCGAAUCUCGAAAGCAGUUCGUUGCCAACUAUGGACUCACUCCACCCCUGAAGAAUGUCCGUAAGAAGCGGUUUCGUCGCACUGCACCAAAAAAGGUCUUGGAUAUGGAGACCCCGGAGGUGGAGCGCGAGGUUCGCCGGCUUCUUAGAGAAGAUCUUCAGGCGGUGAAUGUCUCUAUUGAUGUUGUCUCUGAUGAGAAGCCGGCAUUGAAAGGGGCUGAAGGAGAGGGUGGAGAUGAAGACGGCGAAGAUAGUUACCAUGGUGACUUGUACGCUGAGCUGCAGCUCACGAGCAGCGAGAACAGCUCGGACGAGAGCCCCUAUCACUCCAGCGGCGAUUCUGCUGACGACCAUGAACCUGAGCCGGAGCCUAUGGAUGACGGUCGUGCCGAUGCGUCUGGUGGGCACGAGGCGGUGAAAGAGUCCGCACAGAUGAACGACUUGCGCCUAGACCUGGCUGAAGUUGAGCAGCUGAUCGACAAUCAAGAGAUGCGCGUCCGAUCGCAAUCGAAUCCGUUUUUGAAGGAACGAUUCAUGCAGCGUCUGACCGAUUUGAAAUCACGUCGGGAGACCAUUCUGGCCAAGAUGGAAGACUACCGCAGAUAGCCCACGUCUUCACCGGAUGCCAUCGACCACACCGCGCUCCAAGGGCUGUUCUCCUGUUGCAGGGUGGGGGAAAUCCUCGCAGACUGACUACAAGUCCACAAUGUCAGCCAUGGCAGGUCACUCUUUGCUUGAAUCCAGUGCCAGUGUGCGUGCAUUCGUCAACGUGUACGUGUCUGCAUGUUUUUGUCACUCGUGUACAUAGCUUACUCUCUGCAAAUAGCUGGCUGUGUGUGUGUGUGUGUGUGUGUGUGUGUGUGUGUGUGUGUGUGUGUCUGUGUGUGCGUGCUGCUGUUGAUGUUGCUGUUGCUUUUGCUAUUCAUACUUGCUGCUGUUCAUUAUGCUGUUUUCACUUGCUUCUUACAGUGCACAUAGUACCUAGGUUUUUUUUAUAGACUUGUACCCAAUUUUUUAUGUUCAAAGCUGUGUAUUUCCGACUUAUUUUAUCAGCCCCUGCCGCACGCAUUGCUUCUACAGUUGACAUGUUCUUUCUAGUACUUCAAAAGUAAUUAGGGCACAUUGAGACUUUUAAUGGAUUUUUUCAAGUUCUACACCAUGCAAGAUGGAACAAUCAGACCGGAGACAAACGACUAUCAUCUUCCA